UUUUCACAAUGCCAUAAUCAUUGUAUUAGAUAAGGAUCGCUAUCGGUAUAAAUAGUUAUACUUUCUAACAGACGUAGAAUCAUGGAACGCAUCGCCGUAGUAACUGGUGGAAACAAAGGUAUCGGUUUUGCAAUUGUCAAAGGACUUUGUAAGCAAUUUGAUGGAAUAGUUUAUUUAACUGCACGAGAUGAACAACGUGGUUUAAAUGCAGUUAAAGAAUUAGAAAGUGAAGGAUUAAAGCCAAAAUUUUAUCAACUUGAUAUUACCGAUGAUAACAGUAUCAAUAAUUUUCGCGAUUACUUGCAAAAAGAACACAAUGGGUUGGAUAUAUUGGUUAAUAACGCAGCAAUUGCUUUCAAGACAAAUGCAACUGAACCUUUUGGACAGCAAGCGGAAGAAACUGUAAGGGUCAAUUACUUUAGUUUGAGGAAAGUAUGCGACAAACUUUAUCCAUUACUGAGACCACAUGGUCGUGUUGUACAUGUGUCCAGUAGUGCUGGUCGUCUGUUAAAUCUAAACGGUGAAUCAUUAAAAAAGAAAUUAUCUAACCCGAAACUAACGGAAGAGGAAUUGGAUAAUCUUAUGCAUGAAUUUGUUGAAUCAGCAAAAAAGGGUACUCAUUUGGAAAAAGGUUGGUCCAAUUCAGCUUAUGUUGCCAGUAAGGUAGCUGUUUCUGCUUUAGCAGGCAUACAUCAAGCUAAAUUUAAUAAUGAUUCCCGUAAAGACAUAGCAGUAAAUGCGGUACAUCCUGGUUAUGUGGAUACAGAUAUGACUAGUCAUAAAGGAGAUCUUAAACCUGAUCAGGGUGCAGAAGCUCCAAUUUAUUGCGCAUUGCUACCAAAUAACACUGAAAUAAAAGGAAAAUAUCUGUGGUACGACAAAACUCUAGCAGACUGGCAAAAGGCUUAAAAUAUAAACUGCACAAUUGUAUUAUCGUUUCAAUAAGUAAAGAAAUAGACCUAUAUAUGAACGAUAAAAUACACACUGCACUGUAUGUUAUUAUACAAAUAUAACGUCUAUAUUUUUGUAUAAAAAAUGAUAAAUAGUUAACAGUAUUAUCUUGUUGCAAAAAAU